GAGAGCCCUGCAGUUCCACGGGCGGCCACGGGGGGCGCCGUCAAGCCCGAACACACUGCUCCGCCAAAGAUGUGAAAAUGGCGGAGCUACAAAUGCUUCUGGAAGAGGAGAUUCCAGCAGGACGAGGGGCACUAUUAGACAGUUUUACUAACUUAGAGAGAGUAGCCGAGUACUGCGAGAGCAAUUAUGUGCAGUCUCCAGACAAGCAGAGGGCUCUGGAGGAGACCAAGAACUACACCACUCAGUCUCUGGCCAGCGUGGCGUACCUGAUCAACACGCUGGCCAACAAUGUGCUGCAGAUGCUCGACAUCCAGGCGUCGCAGCUCCGCCGCAUGGAGUCCUCCAUCAACCACAUCUCACAGACGGUGGACAUCCACAAAGAGAAAGUAGCCCGGCGAGAGAUCGGCAUCCUCACCACUAACAAGAACACGUCUCGCACACACAAGAUCAUCGCCCCGGCUAACCCCGAGAGGCCCGUACGCUACAUCCGCAAACCGGUCGACUACAGCCUGCUGGACGACAUGGGCCACGGCGUCAAGUGGUUGCAAAGGUUUAAGGCCAGCGCCCAGAACAUGAAGGCUGGAGGAGGUGGCCUACCUCGCACCAACCCCCCCACACAGAAGCCCCCCAGCCCGCCCAUGUCAGGGAAAGGGACCCUUGGGCGCCACUCCCCCUAUCGGACGCUCGAGCCGGUGCGUCCUCCCGUUGUCCCUAACGACUACGUCUCGAGCCCGACGCGCAACAUGGCGCCCCCCCAGCAGAGCCCUGCUCGCACUGCAUCUGUUAAUCAGAGGAACCGCACGUACAGCAGUGGGAGCAGCGGAGGCAGCCACCCCAGCAGCAGUCGCAGCAGCAGCCGAGAGAACAGCGGCAGUGGCAGCGUGGGCGUGCCCAUCGCCGUGCCAACCCCGGCCCUGCCCACAGUCUUCCCAGGUUCAGUCCCCGCCCCGUCCAACACGGCUAAACCUCCCCCCAACACAGCCGCCGCUCCUGGGCCUCCUUCUGUGCUAGAUGGCCCCCCACAAGCUCCCAACCCCCCUGUAGAAAUCCCGCCUGUACCUCCUCCUCCUCCCCAGCUCCCCGCCUCCACGGCCCCCACCGGCACCAGCCCCGUUACUUUUGGCAACCCUGCACAAGGUGCUCCUCAGUUCUUCAGCAUGAACCGGCCCAUGCAGCAGCAGCCCCACAACUCCCAGGUGGGGGGCUCUCUGCCGUUCCGCAGACCCUCGUCCGUCACCGGUCAGCCCAACCCGGCCCAGAGCCAGCUGAACGGAGGCCCACACUUGGCUCAGAACCAAGCUGGCCCACAUGCGCCCCCUCCCCCAUCCAUGCAGAUCACCCCCCAGCUGCCUCUGAUGGGCUUUGUGGCCCGGGUUCAGGAGACCAUCUCAGACGUGCCGCCCCCACCUCCGCCUGUCAGCGAGCCGGUGUUUGAGGAGCCUGCACCUCCUCCACCGCCGCCAGAGGACUACGAGGACGAGGAGGAUGAGGAAGAGUCUGCGGUUGUGGAGUACACCGACCCUUACGCGGAGGAGGAUCCGCCCUGGGCCCCGCGGAGCUACUUGGAGAAAGUGGUGGCCAUUUACGACUAUUCCCGCGACAAAGAAGACGAGCUUUCUUUCCAAGAGGGCGCCAUCAUUUACGUGAUCAAGAAGAACGACGACGGUUGGUUCGAGGGCGUGAUGAACGGGACCACGGGCCUCUUCCCCGGCAACUACGUGGAGUCCAUCAUGCACUACGCCGACUGAAACCAACCCUCCUCCGAGCGGGGGAGGGGGAGGGACGUGGGAUGGGCAGGAGCCAAAGGUUAAAGGUCUCAGACUUGGAUCAGACAGAGCAUGGUCACCUCCGAGCGGAGAGAUGGAGGGAAGCAGUUUUAAAGGACUUGACAAACUGACGUCACCCUGUCGCCAUUGUACAACCACCACUGCUUUAGAUAUAUCCUUCCUUGUUACGUUACUUUGUCUCCCUGACCAAGGAGGAGCGGACGGUGAUGGAUUUGUUUUCUUUGAGAGUUUUGUGUUGCGUUACGGAGCCACUACAUCUUUUCAUUUCUGUUCUAUUUUACCAGUUUGCCCUUAUUUGAAACCAUAUUUAUUUGUAGUUGGAUUAACGUCGAGCAGUCCGCCGCUAGCCAGUGGCGGUAUUCAGCGUCGGAGUAAAGGGCUGGAGGAAAAUGCCUUCAACAACACUACAGAGACAACAGUAUCCUCAGUGGGGGUGGAGGGGGUGGAGUUCCAGUUGGGUACCUCAGGGAUGGUGCCAAAGCUGGGUCAGACGAGCACAUCAAACAAAGCUAACGAGAACGCUCCAGGGUGCUUUACAGUAAGGUUUUUGCUUUUUUUGUGCAGUUUAUAUGAAGUCGGUGUGCAAUUUUUUAGGUGAAGGAAUCGUCAUCCAGCCCUCAAGAGUAAAAAAAACAAUAGAAUAUAAAAAAAUGCAACAACUCAAUCAGACCAAUACCGUAAUUAGGCAGGCUGCAUGUUGCGAGGACAAAACACUUUUCUUUGUAACUUUACUGAUGAUUACCGUCUUUAUCGUUUGGGAUUCGGUGUGGUUUUGACAUUCACCCGCGACACAGACGCAUUUAGGUCAUUUCUAAGACGCUUGUGCCAUAUUGAAGUGUGUGUUGCUGUUCAGAGGUUCACUUCAUUUGCAAUAAACCAGACCAGAGUGGGGUGGAGUGGAGUGGAAAUGUGGAUUUAAAGUUUUCUGAGUUUUAAUUCAAAAGCACAUACAUUUGUAAUAAAAAGGUGUAGAAGAAGAAAUAUUAUAACUGUGAGAUGUGUUAUGUCCUCACAAUGGGACUUGUUGAAUAUGAAAAGAAGCCCGGUGUUGUGUUGAAAUGGUUUUAACUGUUGCAAGCCCCCGUGCUAAGAAUAAUAAUGUUAAUGAAAAAGAAUCUUCAUUCGUUCUUCAUAUAGUUCAGAUGCGCUUGGGUGUUCCCCAGGGCUCAUGCUUGUCCUCUUCUCAGAAUCUUGAUUUUCUACUGAAGAAAAAAAAAGAAAUAAGUGGGUCUGUAUGUGAGUCGUGCAUGCCAUUGUUCUUAUCUGUACCGGUGUCCCAAAAAUGAAAUGGAAAACCAUUUCCUGGCAAGAUCACCCAUUUUUAAAAACAAGCAGCCCUGCAGCUUUGACCAUCGUCCAAAGAGACUGAACCACUUGAAGCUCACAUCCAAGGCGUUCCUACUGGUGGGAUAUUCCAUGUAAAGCUGCUAGUGAAUCCUGCGGAAGAACAAGAGCUGGGAUCAGCUGCAGAAUAAUAAUAAACACUAUGGAAGACACUUAAAUCUACAUGUAAGGCCUUUGGUCUGCAGGAUUCACGACCUCCUGAAGUCAGACGUCCCAGCCUCGGGUCCAGUUUAACAGUCCAUAAUGCCAUUGUGUUGCACAGGUUACAGUUGAAUCGCAGAAGUAUCAUAUUUGUAAAACCAUGAGAAUAAAGACAAUAGUUAUUAAGA